GAAAAGUACAUUUCAUAUUUUAUAUUUGACACUAAAUGAUAAAACUGAAGCAUGUUUUCCACUAUUAAAACCAAGUAAAGUCUAAAUAAGUGCCAGAAGAUCAUUUAUAAGUUAAAUAACAUGCAAAAAGAAUGUACGCAUUUGACACACUAGGAGUGUCAAGCCCUACCGGAAACAACACAUGAAGAGACUGAGAGUUUCUAGCUGAGUCUGUAGAUUUUACUAAACAACUAAAGAAAAUGGUUUGCAAGUUUGUUUUGUUCUGUUUGUGCUGGUGGCGUUUGACUGGUGUGUUUGGUGAAUCAGUGUCAGUGAUGGAGGGAGAUUCUGUCACUCUGAACACUGAUGUUCCUGAAAUACAUGAAGACGAUGACAUACUGUGGAAAUUUGGAGCUGAAAAAUCUCUCAUAGCUCAAAUCAAGAGAGAAAAACAAAUCUUCCCUGAUGUGAGAUUCAGAGACAAACUGAAGUUGAACAGACAGACUGGAUCUCUGACAAUCACAAUCAUUACAACUCAACAUGCUGGACUCUAUGAAGUAAAGAUUAGUGGAGAAAAACGGUCAAAAAAAACAUUCAGUGUUUCUGUCUAUGCUCAUCUGCCCUUUCCUAACAUUACCAGAUAUUCUUCGCAAAAUCUUUUGUCAUCAUCAUCAUCAUCAUCAUCGUCAUCACAGCAGAAUUGUUCAUUGUUGUGUUCAGUGGUGAAUGUGAGACAUCUGACUCUCUCCUGGUACAAAGGAAACAGUUUAUUGUCCAGCAUCAGUGCGUCUGAUCUCAGCAUCAGUCUCUCUCUACCUCUGGAGGUGGAAUAUCAGGAUAAAAACACCUACAGCUGUGUGAUCAACAAUCCCAUCAGCAACCAGACCACACAUCUCAAUAUCAUUCAAACCUGUCAUAUUCACUCAGAUCGCCUACCCAUGUUUUACAUUCUGCUGAUUUCUGCUGCUGGAUUUCUGUUGAUUGUAGCUGCAGUCAUUGUGUGCUGCAGGAAAUGUAGAAAAAACAGAUGCAAAAUGAAUUUUGCAGGUUUAGAUGGUCAGUGAACAGACCUGGCUGAACUGGGAGCCUAAGCGCCAUCAUUAAGACCUUCAGUGGGGAGCGGAUCAAAAGAUGCAACAAUCCGAUAUCUGCCAGCUGUGAGCUGUCCUCAUUCACCCAUUUAAGUUAUCAAUGAACAGGGAGCCAACGUACUAGUGACGCAACACCCCACACCAAUUUAUUGGCUAGGAAGAACCGUCAGUCUAGAAAUAAGGGCCCAUUGGAGGCAUUAAACCCUGAACUGAUGUCAAACCCGUGCCUGGAGGGCCACUGUUCUGCAGAAUUUAGCUCCAAUCCUAAUUAUAUACACUUGAACCAGAUAAUUAAGGUCUUCAGACUUACUUCUAGGCAAGUGUGUUGAGAUUGGUUGGACCUAAACUCUGCAGGAUACUGGCCCUUCAGGAGCAUGAUGGGACACCCCAGUAGCAGU